AUGAGAAAGCUUAAAUUCCAUGAGAAAAAGCUACUAAAAAGAGUGGAUUUGUAUAAUUGGAAGAAAGAGAAAGACCAUAGAGAAGCUGAGAUAAUCAAAAGAUAUAAUUUGUCUAAUAGAGAAGAUUAUGAUAAAUAUAACAGGAUGUGUGGUCACAUUACUUCUAUGAUUUCUAAAAUAAAAUUAUUGUCAUCUCAGGAUCCAUUUAGGGUAAAAUUAACAGAGUAGUUAUUGGAGAGAUUAUAUAAUAUGGGAAUCAUAACAACAAAGGAUAAUAUAUAAAAUUGUGAGAAAUUAGCAGUCUCAGCUUUUUGCAGAAGAAGACUCCCCAUAGUGUUAUGCAAACUUAAAUUUGCUCAGACUCCCAAAGAAGCGUGUACUUAUAUAGAAUAAGGUCACAUCAGAAUUGGAACUAAAAUUAUCACAGACCCUGCCACGCUUGUGAGUCGAUCCCAAGAAGAUCACAUAACAUGGUCUGAUACAUCAAAAAUCAAAUAAACAAUAUAACAAUAUAAUAAUGAAAGAGAUGAUUACAUAGGUUGA